CACUUGUACGAUAUCCAGGUAUGCAUACGUCACAAAGCGAUGCGGUCAUUCUAAUUAUAGUACAAAAGGUCACGUGGUCAAGAUUUCGGACAAACAUUAUCUCAGAAUUAUCAACAAUGGCAGCGAGUGAACCUUUUCAAUACAUAGAAUUAAAUGAAAACGAAGUGCCUGGGGCAAAGUUUGUUUAUGAGUCUAUUGAAAAACAUUCAAAUACACAAUUAAGUAGGUGGCUGGAAUGCCGAGGACUACGUAAAACUGGAAAUAGGAGUGAAAUCUUGAAGCGAGUUCAUAGUUGUAUCAGUGCUGGCAAAGACAAGGAAAUUGAUGUCGGGGUAGAUUGUGGGAAAUGGUAUGAACUGAAAAAGGAAAGUAAGCUACAACUUGCAGGAGUGCCUUCUCGUGUUCCUCUGCUACCAUACUGUGGAUGGGGAAAGUUCCCAUCUUGUCAGGAGAAAAUGCCAAAACUUUUCAAUAAGGGCCACAUUCACCACCACAUUGUGGAAUCAGUUCAGUUUGUGAAUGCAAAGAUAAAACUCUGGAGUACAGAAAAAGUGACAUCAGCAGCUCUUAGCUAUGGUGUCAAGAAUGAGACAGAGGCUAUUAAAUGUUACAAAGACUUAAAAAACAGUGAACGUCUGAAAACAAUAAACACAGGUCUUUGGAGUGGAAGUUGUUAA